AUGGAUUUAAUUUACCCGUCACUGUGCAGCUCUCCACACACCCAGGACUGGACUUCCAUCACAAUUACCUCUCAUCUGAGUGUGGAGACUCUGAGGAGAGCUCUGGCUCAGCUUCAGGAGACUCUCAGUCAGGAAAUGGAGAAGAUUGAUGAAACUGAACUGAAGAGAAUUCAACAAUAUGCAGUGGACGUGACUCUGGAUCCUGAUACAGCAAAUCCUUAUCUCGUCCUGUCUGAUGAUGGAAAACAAGUUACAUGUGGAGACAAAAGACAGAAUCUCCCUGAUAAUCCAGAGAGGUUUGAUACUUGUGUCUGUGUGUUGGGACAGGAGGGAUACUCCUCAGGGAGAUUUUACUACGAGGUGCAGGUCAAAGGGAAAACUAAGUGGGAUUUAGGAGUCGCCAGAGAAUCCAUUAACAGGAAAGGGCAGAUUAUAGUCAGACCUAAAGAUGGAUUCUGGUGUGUGGUUCUGAGGAAUAAGACUGAAUAUAAGGCUCUUGAAUCUCCCUCUGUCUCCCUCUCCUUGAAACAGGCUCCUCAGAAGGUUGGAGUGUUUGUGGAUUAUGAGGAGGGUCUGGUCUCCUUCUAUGAUGUUGAUGCAAAAUCUCAUAUCUACUCUUUCACUGCUCAGACCUUCACUGAGAAACUUUAUCCAUUUUCAGCCCCAGUCUCAGUGAUGGAGGUAAAAAUUCAGCCCCACUGAUUAUCUGCCCUGUUC